CCAUACUCUGGUUGUGUGUCAGUUGCUACAGACAUAAGCGAAACAAUAACAAUUGGUGAUACUUUCACUAACCCUCUGAGAGAGUGACUGUUACAUGUUCCGUCCAUCAAGCUUUCGAGGAAUUUGGGAAUAGCAUAUUACGUGCUCUGUGCAUGUCAGAUUUGACACGAUUUGAAACCCUUUAAAGUUGAAUCUACUUUUUUUCUACAGUAGCUGUGCAGGAGUGGCCAGAGCCUAAAGCAGCUAUUCAUAUCAGAUUUCAACCAAACCAGCUGGGAGAGAGAGCGCGUUUGUCAUUAUCCUUCCCUUUCCGAUCCAGGAAAGCUUACCAGGGAGAGAGAAAAGAGAGAGAUAGAGUGGGUGAGAGAGGAGGAAAGAGACGGAGGGAUCCAAAGGAAUUUCCAAGGAUAUUUCUUCUGUUGCCGUGAAAAAAAAGUGUUGGUCAGUUGGGGGCGAGGCAAAGAGCGCGGUCAAGGAUGGACGAGCAGCCUCGGUUGAUGCACUCCCACGGCGUGGGAAUGGCCGGACACCCCGGCCUGGCGCAAAAUAUGCAGGAUGGCACGGGAGGGACGGACGGAGAUGGAAGAAAGCAGGACAUUGGAGACAUAUUACAGCAAAUAAUGACCAUCACAGACCAAAGCCUGGACGAAGCGCAGGCCAGGUACGGUGGCAUAGAAAAUUAUAUUAUUUUCAAAGCCUUACCAAAAUAGCAUAUUUAUGAAUUAAGAAAUAAAUACUGUAGGCCUACAUUGUAAUAAUAUGAUGUGCAUUCAUGCUAUCCAACGAAAACAAUUACGCCCACCCGAACGCAACAACUGCUCGUAGGGGAUGAAGUGCUUGACGUUAAACUACCUUCAGCCGACCAGUUUUAUUUUGUGAAAGUUAACUUUUAAAUUAACAGUAUCAUCAAAAAUGUUUUAAAAAGAAUGACGAUAUUAAGCUACUGCAACUACAACUGAGCGGGUUGCAUCCUCUUCCCAAUUUCCAAUCGCCUUUUAUCUUGUUACAAAUUAGAUUACGCAGUAAUUGCCCGCAGUGUUACAUGUUGGGGAUGCAUUCCUUUUGGAUAAUUUGUUUCUUUUUAGCCAAUGGCAAUAAAGGUUAUCAUAGCACCAGUGCUGCGCCUCGAAAUUGAGCCAACGAUCACAUCUAUUCGUGCUCCUGUGCAAGAAUAGAUUACAUAGGAUAGAUUGUAUCAUAUUCAUUACUGACAUCCCACCGUGACGUAAAAUUGAAAUGACCCGUGCCAUUCAUGUUAAUUAAUCUUAGGGGUUAUGGAUGAAGUGUAGUGGGACGGUAAGUGUUGCAAGUGGGGUUUGAUGAGACAAUGGAGACACUAGAAAAUUACAUUUUACACCGAAGUAUUUUCUCUAAUAAAGAAUAAGACUAUGCUAUACAAUGGGUCUUUAGUUUAGAUCACUUUGAUUGAAGGGUUGGUCAAGACUUGUGUGUAAAUUCAGAAUAAUAUGCAUUGUUAAUACCAAUUGCAAGGAUGAGCUUUAUUCUUCCUUAUCAAAUUGACAGUGAUCAAACAAGUCUCCUCAUUUUAGAUAUGCUACAAGCACAUGCAGAACACUUUUGCAACUAUUACUAUCUCUUCAUCUUAUUGAAUUUGGUUGUAAGUUGUGUGUGUUUCCCCUUUUUAUAGGAAACAUGCACUGAACUGUCACAGGAUGAAACCAGCUCUCUUCAACGUCUUGUGUGAUAUAAAAGAGAAAACAGGUAAGGUGAAAUUCUACCACAUUGAAACAAUGACUUUUUUCUCAAUCUUUUUGUCUUAA